UUUGUCCAUGUUUUCCAACAACCGGAAGAAAAAGCUGUUUAUCUCAAAUGUUUCUCAACCUUCAUUUCAUUGUCCAUUUUUUCCCGGAAUAACAGUUUUAUAUUCGAAAGCAACGUUUAGGUUGAAAUUAUUCUGUUUAAAAAAUGAAGAAUUUCACUGCUGUAAUUUGUAUGGUCUUUGCAAAUAUUUGUAUAUUAUUUCAACCAACAGUGGGACUGGAAAAUGGUGCUUUCAACGAAGGAAUUGCCGAUUUCAUAGAUGAAAAUACAAGUGGUGAGGCUGCCGUUCCAUUUCUUCUACCAGAAAGCUUAGACGAAGUAAAAAAUAUCAAUGUGCUUCAAAAAAUUCGUGAUAGUGAUUUAGGAACAGUACUCGAUGCCAAUGAAGAUGGAAGUAAUUAUGAAGUAAUCACUCAAGCUCAACUCCUCUUCAAGGAAGUAGUCGAUAGAGGUGAGGAUGAAGUGAAAGUAGCUGGAGCAGCAAUGGAUUUGUUUGAAGAAAUAAAAGAGAUACCUAAAGAAAUACACGAUUCAUUCAAAGAUUCGGCAAAAAAUGUAUGGAAUAAGGCCAAGAAAGUUUCCGGACACGUGUUGAAAAUUCCAAAUCAGGUGUCCGAUAUGUGGAAAAAAUCUUCUGUGACCACUGAAGAAAGUGGCUCAAAAGGUGGAUUAUUCAGAUUUCCUCGAUUAGGAUGAAGGAAUUUUGUUUAGAACGAUUUCUGUUUCGAAAGUAAUGGUUUUGAUUGUGUUUCACCAAUUAUUUGCUAAAUGUUUCAUCUGAUAAAUUAGAAAAAGAAUAGUAUUUUGUUGAUUCAAUCCGAUAUUUUUGGGGAUAAAUAAAAUAUAAAAAUAUUUUAAUGCUCGGUACUAAUAACACAACUAUGUCAAAUAAUAACACAACAUAACGCUUAUAUUUAAUUGUUUUGUGCUUGUAAUGCAUAUGUAUACGUAACAAUAAAUAUAUAAAUAAAUUCUUA